AUGAGAUUGUUAUGUUUCCCCCGUCGAAUUAUAAACCCUUCAAGAAACCCUUCUUCUUCUUUUAUUUCAUAUUCCGUUUCUGUACCUGGUUAUCCCAGUUCAAACCUUCUUCUGUUUCCCCCCACCACACUCCUGAUACCUCUUCUCCCACCAUCACUCAAAAUGGCGAACCCUGCUGGCAACAUCUCCUUCGAGGACUUCCUCGGACUCUCCACUGCCGUCUUCGAGUGGGCCGACAGCUACGACUCCAAGGACUGGGACCGCCUCCGCAAGUGCAUUGCCCCUGAGCUCCGCAUCGACUACCGCUCGUUCCUCGACAAGAUCUGGGAGGCCAUGCCCGCCGAGGAGUUCAUCUCCAUGAUCUCGGACAACUCGGUCCUCGGCAACCCGCUCCUCAAGACGCAGCACUUCAUCGGCGGCACCCGCUACGAGAAGGUCUCGGACACGGAGGUCAUCGGCCACCACCAGCUGCGCGUGCCGCACCAGAAGUACACCGACGCCUCGCGCACCGAGGUCGCCGUCAAGGGCCACGCCCACAGCUACAACAAGCACUGGUACCGCAAGGUCGACGGCGUCUGGAAGUUCGCCGGCCUCGCCCCCGAGAUCCGCUGGUCCGAGUACGACUUCGAGGCCGUCUUCGCCGACGGCCGCGACUCGUUCGGCACCGAAGAGACCAACGGCAAGACGGACGUCAAGGUCGUCGAGAAGGAGCUCAAGGUCGCCGCCGCUGUUUAA